UCAGAUCUGGGAAUAAAUAUUUUCCAAUUGAUUUAUCAUGCACACUCUCAAUUCCUCUAACACUGAGGUCACCACCUUCUUCCUGGUUGGAAUCCCAGGACUGGAGCACCUUCAUGUGUGGAUCUCUAUCCCCAUCUGCUUCAUGUGCCUGGUGGCCAUCCUCGGCAACUGCAUCAUCCUCUUUGUGAUCAGAACAGAACCCUCACUCCAUGCACCCAUGUACUAUUUCCUUUCCAUGUUGGCUACUGCUGACCUGGGCCUCUCUCUCUCAUCCCUUCCCACUAUGCUAAGGACCUUUGUUUUUAAUGCUACUGGAAUUUCCCCAAAUGCCUGCUUUGCUCAAGAAUUCUUGAUCCAUGGAUUCAUGGAUUUGGAGUCCUCAGUGCUUCUGAUAAUGUCUUUUGACCGCUUUUUGGCCAUACGCAACCCUCUGAGAUACAGCUCCAUCCUCACCAAUGCCAGAGUUGCUAAGCUGUGCCUGGUGUUUUUCACUAAAAGCAUGCUCUUAAUGCUUCCAUUUCCUUUAGCUCUCAAAAGUUUGACAUAUUGUAAGAAAAGCCUGCUUUCUCACUCAUAUUGUCUCCAUCAGGAUGUCAUGAACCUGGCUUGCUCUGACAACACACUUGACUUUUUCUACGGUUUUUUUGUUGCCCUCUGUAUGAUGUCAGACAGUGUGCUUGUUGCUGUGUCCUACGUAUUCAUCCUGAAGACUGUGAUGGGAAUUGGAUCCCAUAAGGAACGGCUCAAGGCCCUCAACACCUGUGUCUCACACAUAUGUGCUGUGCUCAUCUUCUAUGUGCCCAUCACUGUUUUGGCCUUUAUGCACCGCUUUGGCAAGCAUGAGUCCCCAAGUGCCACAAUCCUCAUUGCUGACAUUUUCUUGAUAGUGCCACCUCUGAUGAACCCCAUUGUAUACUGUGUAAAGACACAGCAAAUUCGUGAGAAAAUCCUGGGAAAAUUGGGUCUAAAAUAAAGGUAUGGGGAAAAGUGAGGCAGAGUCAGCCAGAAUUAGAGAAUUAAAUAAUACCUUUCUAUUUAAGUAUUAUGAAUGAUUCAUCUACAUUUUUUUAACCAUUCUUACAAACAGCACAACAUAUGGACAGGGUACUGAUGUCUGUGAGCUUGAGACCGACAUGGGCAAUAUUAUUAAAAUCAUGAGUCAGUCCACUGACACAGAAUUUCAGUGACACUGUUAGCAGCACUGGAAUAAAUGUGCAUGGAAGCUAAGAUUGUGCCCCUUUAUAGAGAAUGAAUGCUAAAGGAGCUGGAAGUUAAAGGAUGCCACCCCAAUCCAGUUACUGAUUUUCUUUCAAGCAGCUUCAGACAUGUUGUAUUUGUUGAGGAGUCUUCAGUCAAUUUAAUGCAAAUUCCUGAUCUCCCAUUUAAGUGAAUGAAGUCUGUUGUCAGAAGAAUUGGUUGAAGAUUUUAUCCCUUUGCACUUUCCUUAAUAGUCACAUAGGAAUGACCAUUGGUUCUCCUUAAUGUAGGGUUCCCUAAGCCUUGAAUUAUGACUAUAAACUCUCUCUUUAAUAUAGCCAUUUUUUCUCUAUACAAAGGCUUCCAAAAAGUUAUAGUUACUAAAAGGAGAAUAGAGGGACUAUUUUGCUACUGGAGAGAAAUAGAAAAGCUAAUAGCAAAGAAACUUUUUAAGCAUUGAUGUUAUUGAUUACCUUGAAA